UGGACGCUGCCUGCACCAAGCCGGAGUUGUUCUCGCCAUCCUGGUGGUGUUUCUCUGUUACCAACCUCGUCAGAAGUUACCCUUCAAGCCGUACGAAAAGUUCCAGCGUGGAGAAAAAUAAAUAGCCACGGCAUACUCGCAGUCUGGCUGCCUGAACAUUUAACAGUGCAGAGACAGAAUUAGACUUUUGCUUUAAAGUAGCGGCAAGGCUAUUGAAAAUAUCUGAAGCUGGAUUGAUUCAACCACUGCUGAUUGACCUCAGAUCGACGCGGACAAGUAUUUCUCUGAAAGCAUUCCACAUCAGCCACAGCAGACGACGAGCCUCGACCUUCGACAUCAAGGCAGGCAGACAUAGAAGAAGGCGACCUGCCUUCCCUGAUGGAAACAGACGACAAUGAGAUGACACCCCAGCCUCCCACCACCCCCACCUCUGAUGACUCAGCCUAACACACCAUCAUCAGUGUGCUCGCUGUCUCCCCGAUUCCGGUGUUCUCGUUUCCUCCCAUAUUCCGAAGACUCCGGGGUUUACUGAGUUGUGGGCAAUGUUGGAGCCGGAAGUGCGGUGAGAUGCUGGCUGAUUUGAUUUGACCCUGAAUGACACAUUUCACUGUAUGUUUCAAGGCCAUGAUGUCAUUAUAGCAUUAACUUUUCAUGAUGCCUCCUGCUAUGACGGACAUCUUGGAUAUCUGGGCAGUUGAUUCCCAGAUCUCAACAGAUAACAGCAUCACUGUAGACUUCUUGCUACCAACAGGGGUAUACAUUCAGCUGGAUGUCCCGCGGGAGGCCACUAUUGAAAACAUUAAAUCGCUGCUAUGGAGGCAGGCACAGGCUUAUCCACUCUACAGUGUACUUGGCGAAUCAGAUUCCUAUAUGUUUCAAUGUGUAAACCAGGCAGCAGUACACGAAGCGGUGGAGAAUGAGUCUCGACGUCUGUGUGAUAUCAGGCCUUUCCUCCCUGUUCUAAAGCUUGUAGCUAGGAAUUGCAAUAGGUCUGAAAGACUACUGGAUUCAAAAAUUGGUGUUCUUAUUGGGAAAGGUCUUCAUGAAUUUGAUGCACUGACAGACCCUGAAGUGAAAGAAUUUCGCAGCAAAACACGCAAAAUCAGUGAGGAGAACAUGUUGAAACGUCAGGGACUUUCCUGGAUGGACUGGUUGCAGCAGAACUUUCCUCCUGAAAUUGAUGCUACCAGCGUUAACAGUGCUGAAGACAAGCUACAUAAGGAAAAUUUCCUUGUAGUCAUUCGAUUUGACACUCAUCACGAUAGCUUCAGUUUCCAAAUUUCUCCCAACUUGAACCCUUUUGGCUUAAAUGAGCUUGCCAUCAGAAAGCAGCUGACCAUCCUCGGAAGGGAAAAUGAGAAGUUCAAUCCCAGAGAUUUUGUACUGCGCGUCAGUGGGAAACAGGAGUACCUGUUUGGAGAGCAACCACUGAUUCAGUUCCGGUAUGUAAGGAACUGCAUAUUAAAUGGAAUCCACCCUCAGUUGACUAUUGUGAAGUGCAGCACCAUCAAAGAGAUGCGUGAUCAAGAAAUGUCAGCCAUUGGUAUUGUCUUGCAGCGUAAAAUAUCUUCUGCUCCUCUUCCUUUGCCACCCAAGAAAAGGACCAUUUCUGAAAUGACAAAUAGUAUUUGGGAUAUAAAUGCUCCUUUUAAGAUUGUUCUUGUCCGAGGGACCAAAGUAAAUGCCGAUGAAGCUUUGCGGGUUCAAGUCAGGGCCGGGAUUUUCCAUGGAACUGAGCUCCUUUGUGAACCUGUUGUAAGCAGUGAGAUAUCUGGAAAAAAUGAUCUCGUCUGGAAUGAGACAUUGGACUUUGAAAUUAACAUCUGUGACCUGCCAAGAAUGUCUAGACUCUGUUUUGCAGUGUAUGGAGUGAUGGAUAAAGUGAAAAAACAAAAAUCGACAAAGAACGUGUCUAAGUACCAGACCAUUCGGAAAGCAGGAAAAGUACACUAUCCAAUUGCAUGGGUGAAUACGAUGGUAUUUAACUUCAGGGGUCAGUUGAAGAACGGCAGUCUCACGCUGCACUGUUGGUCAUCUUUUCCUGAUGAACUGGAAGAAAUGCUGAACCCAAUUGGCACAACACAGACCAAUCCAUACACUGAAAAUGCCACAGCCCUGCAGAUCCAAUUCCAGGAGUACAGCAAGUCACCAAUCUUUUAUCCUGCUUUUGACAAGAUUUUGGAGAAGGCAGCCGAAAUUGCACGAAGCAACGACACACUAAGUACAGCGGGCCGAGGAUGGAAGAAACUGCACAUUGAACUAAAGGAGAUCAUGGAGCGGGAUGCAUUGUCUCAACUCUGUGAAAAUGAGAUGGAUUUGCUAUGGACUCUACGAUAUGACUGCCGUGAAAACUUCCCACAGUCUCUACCCAAGCUGCUACUCUCAGUGAAGUGGAAUAAGCAUGAAGAUGUGGCUCAGCUCCAAGCAUUACUUCAAAUAUGGGCCAAACUCCCACCCAGGGAAGCAUUAGAAUUACUGGACUUCAACUACCCAGACCAAUACGUCCGAGAGUAUGCUGUGGGAUGUUUGAGGCAAAUGAGUGAUGAAGAGCUUUCUCGAUAUCUCCUACAGCUGGUGCAAGUACUGAAAUACGAGCCAUACUUCGACUGUGCACUUUCCAAAUUUCUCUUGGACCGAGCACAAGCCAACAGAAAGAUAGGCCACUUCUUAUUCUGGCACCUCAGGUCUGAAAUGCAUCUACCUGCAAUUUCACUGCAGUUUGGGUUGAUCCUUGAGUCAUACUGUCGAGGAAGUAUUACGCAUAUCAAAGAGCUUUCCAAACAGAUGGAAGCCUUGAAUAAGAUGAAAGCUAUCAAUAAUCUAGUUAAAAUAAGUUCCAUGAAGGUGGCAAAGAAUAAAUUAAAGGAUGUGAUGCAUACCUGCUUAAAACAGCCCGUAUACAAGGAAGCAUUAUCUGACUUCAAGUCACCACUGGAUCCUAAUGUUAUCCUUUCAGAGCUGAACAUAGAAAGAUGCAAGUUCAUGGAUUCCAAAAUGAAGCCUCUUUGGAUUCUAUAUAACAGUGAGAUAGUGGGAGGAGAGCCGGUGGGGAUUAUCUUCAAAAAUGGUGAUGACUUGCGACAAGACAUGCUAGCUCUGCAAAUUCUGCACUUGAUGGACAUGCUCUGGAAGGAGGCAGGCUUAGACCUCAGAGUUAUACCUUAUGGCUGCCUAGCAACAGGAGACAAAUCUGGUAUUAUCCAAGUUGUUUCUGCUGCAGAAACAAUAGCCAAUAUCCAGCUAAAUAACAGUAAUGUUGCUGCUACUGCAGCCUUCAACAAAGAUGCUUUGCUGAACUGGCUGAAAGAGAAGAAUUCACCAGAUGCCCUUGACCGAGCAAUUGAGGAGUUUACUCUGUCAUGUGCUGGCUACUGUGUAGCAACCUAUGUACUAGGGAUUGGGGACAGACACAGUGACAACAUUAUGGUUCGAGAAUCUGGUCAGCUCUUUCAUAUUGACUUUGGUCAUAUCCUCGGCAAUUUCAAAUCCAAGUUUGGGAUUAAGAGAGAGCGUGUGCCUUUCAUUCUUACCCAUGACUUCAUCCAUGUCAUACAACAAGGAAAAACCGGAAACACUGAAAAAUUUAGCAGGUUUCGUCAGUGCUGUGAAGAGGCAUAUUUAAUUCUACGCAAGAAUGGAAACUUGUUCAUAACACUGUUUGCGCUCAUGUUGACAGCAGGACUACCUGAGCUUGGCUCUAUCAAAGACAUCCAGUAUCUCAAGGACUCGCUGGCUUUAGGAAAAAGUGAUGAGGAAGCAUUGAAGCAGUUUCGACAAAAGUUUGAUGAGGCCCUUCGCGAAAGCUGGACAACUAAAGUGAACUGGAUGGCUCAUAUUGUGGCCAAAGAUGGGCGGUCCUAGCAGAAAUGAAAAUGUUACAGGCUGUUAUAUUAGUGAACAUCUGACUUCUGGCUCAAAUUACAGGAGAAUUCCCAGUUGCUGCACUUCAUGCCUUCCAGCACAAUUAGAACAUUGCCUCACAUUGCAGGACCUUGUUGACUUUGCACACUGCAGGCUACUGGUUGCUUCAUUUUUUGGGCUUUUAUUGGCAUGGUACUAGUGUAAAAUGUGUACAUUUUCCAGAUGUCAGUGAUGACAGAUACACAAACAUUGCUACUACUACAGAUAUUGUACUGGCAUUGGUUGUUCUUUUUAGUGUCUAUUUAUACUAGAUUUGUUGUAAAAAUUAGUUUUACAGCUUUUAAAGUUUUAUUAAAAAUGGUUAAGAUGUCAUGGCAGGAUCCAAUGAAUGGGAAUUGAGUAUUUAUUAUCUUGGAGAAUUAGUUUACACCAAUCCAUACAAUUGAACAAGUAAUCUGUAUCAGUCAGUCUCUUCUUGAACAACCAGAGCCAGGUAAAUGUUGUUACUGACAUUUCUUUUAAGUCAAGAAAAACAAUUCAAUUUAAGCUUGUAAUUUUGAAGCAUAUAGCUUGAAGUACAGAUUGAGGAAAGAACUGGGUAUUAUACUGAGAACAUCCACCCAUGACACUAUUCUGAAGUUUGUUAUUUUAUACAUGAUUUAUUAAGGCUGGAAAGCCUCUGCUGUGUAACUCAGCACUGAAUAAGGAACACGUUUCGCAACAGAUUGUCAUUUAACUUUCUAAUCUAUCAAGUCAACUGCUAUCUUCAGGAGUGAUUCAUUUCCUCAAGUCUUUUUUCUCUUGGUAUACAAGGGUUUUUGUUGUUAAGUUUUCACUCUGCCAAGACUGGAGAGUUUGAUGGAGUUUCACAUAAUGUUUGGAUAUGUGGUUAGAUUUUAAGUCAAUGGAAGGCAGCUUACUAUCUAUAAUUCAACCGAAGGGUUUAAACAUCCCUUGAUAUCUUUAUCAUUUUCGAAGUUCAGUUACAGAUGAAAUGAAGUUUGGUUUGAAGUUCUAUUCUGAAGUGUAGCAAUCUACCUACCUAAGCUGUCUGCAUACAGGGAGGUAUACUCAACAGAGGUAAGGAUUCUGAAAGCACCGUUACGAACUUCUGAGAUACUUUAGAUUGCACGUUCGUAGCAUUUGGAUUCCAUGAGGCUUUGUGUUUACAGUAUUUACACAAACAAGUGUAAAUGCCCAGUUAAGAAACUAAAUAAUGAUGAGUUCCAUUACAUGCCAAGUUCACCCACAUCUGUUCUCAACUUAUAUUGGGAAAAUCUAUUUUACAUGUUUGAUAAUAAUCCAUUUUAGUUCAGAUUUUUUGGAGAUACUUCAUGGUUUAUGUACACUGACUCAAAUUUACAGAUCAUUCAAUUCAAUCCAAAUUUAGAUGGUUCUGCCCUCUUUCAGCUAUUAUUUAGGGCAUUACCAAUCUUAUGUUUUUUUUAUUCAAUUAAGAUGCAAUAUCAUCAUCUUCUAUUGAUUUAUCUCUCUCCACUGCUGCUUAUGGAAGAUGGAGCAUGAAUCAAGAAGCAAAAUGAGUUUUGUUGCGCAUUCUUGCUCCUGGUGCUGUGCAAUACAGUGCAAUAGAACACGUUUGUGGGAUGGAAAAAGCCACGGCGGCCAUUCAAAGUGUUGUUGAAUGAGCUACUUUGGUGUCUUCAAUGAAUGUAUAAGAUUGUAAUGGCUUUCACUAUGAAGCAAUUUAUCCCCAUCUCAACUUUUAAGACAAAAUAAUAGAUUUUUAUUAUGAUGGAAGACUUGACAUUACUUUGAGUUUCACUUUGUUGAAUAAUAGUCAUUCAGCACAGAUUACUCUUAGCAAAACUUUUUGACUCCCAACAUUUCUACCUGCAAAACGAACCAUUUCGGUCUCCAUAUUUUACCUUGAAGUGAUUUUUUUUUGCACAGUUCCACAUAAAUAUUAUAAAAUAAUUAAUAACACUCAAGUGUACUUUAGCCAAUAAUGGAAGCAUACAAAACUGAACUAGCAAUCAUAUCUCUGUUGCAAAACUGUAAUUGGCAUAAUUAUAUAGACUCAUGUCAUUACAACCUAGCUCCUUUCAUUCUAGACAGCCAAAAUCUAUUGCAUUAGACCUGGACUUUCUCAAAAGCCAUCAAUAAUAACAUAUCAAAAUCCACCUGUGCCAAGGAAUCAACAUAUGAAACAUAAUUCUAACUGCAGCAGUUACCUGAAAAACAAGCCAAAACCACUGAGACCCUGUGAGGGAUUCAGCAGUGUAUGACGCUGAUGCAUUUCCAAUUAACUUGAGUUCCAAGUUAAGCAAAGUAUGUCUGAUCCUUUAUUAUGAAACAAGCAAAGAUGAGCGAUCAAAAUUAACAAUAUUAAUAAAAUUAAGGACAACAGAACUAGCAAACCAAGCGAUAGUGAAAGUAUGGGCGCUCAACUAAAACUAUCCAACCAAGUCUCUCCGUAACUAAACUAAUGGCACAAAAGGUGAAUACAUGACUACUCAUCCUUCUACCAUGACCACCCAACCCACGUGUCAAAUUAACGUAGCCCUUAAUAAAAUCACGCAACACAAAAUGCACACAGAAAAUAGAUACAUGGCUUCUACAUCCCAGCCUCUAAUUAUUACACUAUAAUAAUUAAAUCUACUUACUUCAAAACUAGGAGACACGAAAUCUUCAAGUAUAAACAUCUUGACAUUUAUGCAAAUAUCCUGUUAUUCAAGUCAUGUAACAAUCAUCUAGGUCAGAGGUCAGCACUUAGCCCGCUACAGAUUGAUCUUCACCACCACUCUGUCAAAUUAGUAAGUCGAGGCAAAGUCAUGAAGUCAAACAACCAAAAUAAGUUAAACUUCUAGAGCUGUAGCUCCACAAACCUCUGCCUCCUGUAAAAGAUAGAUCUUGGGUUACCAGUUCAUGAAUAGUUGAGCAAAUGAUAAGCAAGCAUGCAACUGACUGGAAAAAGUAGUAUAGAAAGCCCAAUAAGUAUUGUGGGAGCAGAAGAGGAAGAUCUAAUCGUGUUCAGUGUUCUAAUGGUUAUGCACCGUGUCUCUAGGCUCUUUGUAUGCCAAGUCUUGCAGUGAUUGUGAAUGUUAUUUAUUUGUUUUAAAUAUAUACUCAAUGUUCCUUUCCACAUCUCUACAUUUCCCUUCACUUAUCGUAUCUUUUGAAAGUUUGUGGAGCGGACUGCUCCUUGGCUACUGUCAAUGCUGCUUUACCAUGAUCCAAGAUGUAACUGAGGCAGGGAAGUGUGUAUCUAUAGUCUUCCCCACCUUUACAGAGGUGCUGUUAUAACCUUCUGACCAACUGACAGACAUCACACUUGUCAUCUGACAACUGAAGUGGUUGAAUGUCUGAGAUUAGGAUUUGAGUCAGUAACCCUACUAUUGGCUUUAAAAAUGCGCCAGAAACAGUGCAACUUUCCACUUUGUAUAUAGUUUAUUGCUACUACUGAUGUAAAUAUUAUGGAUUAAUGUUUUUUUCACAGGCUUGGACAACACACUUACACUGAUACAGCAAAUAUUACAGUUUAAUUCCAAGUCUUUUCAAUAUGUACAUUAAAUAAACAGAGGAGUAUUUCAUGGAACUGUGCCUUUUUAAAGUUUGAAUGUAUUGAUGUUACAGAAAUGUGUCUGGAUUUCUUUCUGGUAGAUUCACCCAAAUGUUACAUUUCAGAUGGACAAGUGCAAUGAUGCACAUUAAAUGGAUGUUAAAUGUAUAUUUUGCUUUUAAAUAAACUUUUUAUAGAAAAAAUGUUCACUGGUUUCAUAA